GCUUCCUGUCCUUUCUGAGGCACAUCGACAGCGAACAUCGACAGCAAAUCAGAGGCAGAAGAAUGGUCCCGGUCGCUAACCUGCGUGAUGAGUGGAAUCAACUCCAUACCGUUGUGACCAUUGGUUCGAUCAAGGAUGCACUAGCCGUGCUUGCGGCCGGGUGUGUUGACAUCGAUCAAGGCGGCGGUCCUCAGGGUCUCACUCCACUCAUGAUUGCCGUUUUCAAGGCUCGGGCGCACGUUGUGGAGGCCCUGCUCAAAAGUGGAGCCAACUCGUCAAUAGCGGCUGAAGGUGGCUUCACUGCUCUCCACCUUGGCGCUCAAGAGAGAAACGCCACCGUCGUCAAAAUGUUGACCAACGCCGGUGUCGACCUCGAAGUCGUCGCGGGAUCCAACGGCUUGACACCGCUUCACGCGGCCGAAAGUGGAGGAGACUCGGAGGCGGCAUGCGGUGAAGCCUUGACUAGGAUGUACUACAACAGCGGCGGGCACGAGAUUGCGGUGUUCUUCACCCUCUCUCUGCCGCGCGAGGGAUUAUGGCCUUGACUGCUGUUCAGGAGUUCUCGGAUAUCCAG